AUGAUUGGCAACGCUAGAAACUCACGUUCGAUUUAUAUUUCCAUGGUAUCAAAUGGAUGCUGCGAUACAAGAUUUGACACAUCUUAUCCAAAUCAACUCAAUGGAAUCAUCAAUCCAGAUGAAUUUCAAGAAUCACUUGAUAAUGUUAAUAAAUCGGUCAUCUCGAUCCCUUUGCUGAUCAUCUGUGUGUUAUUGCCAUUCCUAUGUGUGUUAGGCGGAGGUGCAUUACUGAUUGUCGGUGCUACAAUGUCGAGUGACUCGGCUGCAAAUCUAUCUGUAUUAUUUCUUGCUAUCGGUGGAGGAAUAUUAGGUUUUGGCUUGGUUGCUAUAAUCGGUGGAGUGUGCGUCAUGCAAGCAAUACAAACUAGUCGAAUGCGAAAAGCAGUUGCAAAAGAAUCGGAAAAAUAUUGUAACCGAUUGCCAGUACCGUGUGCAUGGCGACUAGACACAACAACAGUGGUAGUGGCAGGCUAUAAAGGCAAACGAUCGAGUAGACGAAUUCAUACAUUAGUGAUUAUGAUUGGAGCUACUGGUCCUUCAGAAACUGCACAACCUUCAAAUCAAAUGUCACUUCAGCCAGCGCCAACUUUUGCACAGAGAAAUCAGGUAUUUCCUUCUACUGCACAGUUUUGCUCACAAUGUGGAGCACCACGACAGAAUCAAAUAGCAAAAUUCUGUUCACGAUGCGGUCAACCAUUGAGCAUAUAA